AGCGCGCACGCGGGCGCGGAGGCGGCAACGUGCGCCUCCUCCAGGCCCUGCCACGCUGCCCGGCUCCCACCUUUUCAGGUCCCGGCCCCGCGCACCUCGACUGCGAACUACAUUUCCCGGCAGGACGCGAGCGCGCGCACGCGCACCGGGGCCUCCACCAUGGCGACCGUGCUGUCCAGGGCGCUCAAGCUCCCCGGGAAGAAAAGCCCGGACCUGGGGGAGUAUGACCCCCUCACACAGGCCGACAGCGACGAGAGUGAAGAUGAUCUGGUGCUUAACCUCCAGCAGAAGAACGGGGGGGUCAAGAAUGGGAAGAGCCCGCUGGGGGAGGCACCGGAGCCCGACUCGGAUGUCGAGGUCGCAGGGGCCGGGAAGCCACGUCUGUCCGAGGUCACCCCCGAGGGGUACCCCUUGGAGCCCCUGGGGGCCCUGGAGCAGAAGGCGGCCUCCUCCGUCGUGUCCUACGUGCGCACAUCCGUCUUCCUGUUGAUGCUGGUGGUCUCCAUGGUCCUGGUGCUUGUGUGUGCUUUCCUGAUCCCCUGUCCCCCCCGGGACCUGCACAGCACGUGGAGCCGCCACCUGGGUCCCCAGGGAGGCGGGGACCUGUCGCCGUUGGACCUGGCGGAUGUAAAUGGAGAUGGCCUGCGAGACGUGCUCCUCUCCUUCGUGCCGUCAGGGAACGGGAGUGCGGCCGAUGUCUCAGGACCCCCUGCCGUCCUCGUGUGCCUUUCGGGGAUGAACGGCAGCACGCUGUGGUCUAGUCCCCUCCCCGAGGAGGCCCGAGAUAUUACCUGUUUGGAUCUGACACCAGGGAACCUGGCCAAAACUGUCUGCCUGGUGACGGGGACGCACAAGAUGCUCAGUGCAUUCAAUGGGACAUCAGGGAAAGCCAUGUGGACUUUAAACCCAAACUACUUAUCCAACGGGACCCUGGCUGCCCCGGCCGUGGUGCUGCCGGAUGUGGACGAAGAUGGUGUUAGAGACCUCGCAGUUCUGGUCAUUGGGGAGUUGCAGCCAGAUCUGUGUUUUCUGCUGGUGUCUGGCCGGACAGGGAGCCCGGUGGGCCGACCUGUGAAGUACAACAUCGUGGGAGUGGGCAACCUGAUUGGCCCUCAGGUUUACAUCACCACCAGCGGGGCCGCCUACAUCCUGUUUGGCUUUGGUAAUAUCCAGGCUGUCGCCCUGCGGGAUAUUUUCGUUCAGGCCCAAAAUCGAGACAGCUUACCACCUUCCCUGCAGAUAGAGGAACCUGAGUGGGAGAAGCGGAGAUCCGUCAACCUGUCUGAGCUCAUUGAUGUUUACAGCAGUGGGGUGGAGCUCCUCCAGAUGGUGAAGGCGCCGGAUUCCAACAGCAGCAACCUCCUGAUCACAACCAGACAAGGCCUCGUCCUGCUUCGGGGGCAGAACCUCACCCCUUCCUGGGCUUUGGGCGUCCAAGGCCUGCGCAGCCAGCCUACUCCAGGGUAUUUCACGGAUGAUGAGACGAUAGACUUCCUUCUGCAGAUACCGAACGGAGUUGGGAUGAAAAAGGUGAUGGUGGUGGAUGGAGACUCUGGCCUGGUCACGUGGAGUUACAGCAUCCCGUGUCACAUGAAAGAAACUCCGGCCACGUCAGCAGCCACUGUGGAGCAGAAAUCUGUCUUCCUCUUCUGGGCUGAAGGGCUGUCAGCUGCAUCACCCAAUCCCGAUGUCCUGGGAAGUGAGCCACCCAGCCUUCACCACCUAUACCUCCUGCAUCCCACCUUCCCCUCCAUCCUCCUGGAUCUGGCCAAUGCCACUGGCACUGUGACAGCUUCAGAGGUUGGGAUCAACGACCUGUGGAAAGAUGCCUUUUACGUUACCAGGACAACAGGGCCCAGCUCCGAAGGGCACCCGGCCCCCCUGGUGGUCAGCAAGCUCAGUCUGCGGUGGGCGCUGAUGGAAGGCCAAAUGGUCCAGCUGGAGGAGACCACCUCCAAAAUCGGCCGCGGGGAGCUGCGCAGAUUCCUCUCUCGGAUAAAGUUCGUCGACUCUCCCUACCAGAUCUAGGCUGCUGGACUCUUCAGUUCCAGAAGAAGUGAACGGAGUGGCACUGUCCAUCCCCAGUGGGUGUAAACAUAGUUCUUUGGAGAGGAGGACUUCUGUCACCCCCUUCCACCUCCUCUGUGUGACCGUCGCCAGGCACUUGGAAAGGCACUUGGAAUUCUUCGAUAACAGCACCACCCGUUCGGCUGGGGUAUCUUACCUGCCCGCCCGACCCCUGAAUUAAUAACCCCUUCUCCUAGGUACUGUGUGGAUAGUUUGGAACUGUGAAUCUUACUGUUUUAUUUUUUGUUUGUCUAAUUUAUGAACCCUGGCUGGGAAAUUCCAGUGAAGUCCUUCCCUGGAACAUUUUGCUGUGCCUAACGCCCUGAGCGUGUAUCUGUCUGUUCGUGUGGUGAUGAAGUCUUUUCUAGAUACGCACAUCCUAAGCUCCCAGGGACCCAGGUUCUCAACCGUCUGAAACACAUCUUGUUGGUUUGGGUCCUCUUGAGACAGGUGGCCGACCUCUGACUUGGAGAGCCCCUCGGCAUCUCUCCCCUAUUCUCCCCCCGCUGUUACCUCGCCUGCCCCCUGACCUUGGCAGCAGCAAGAAAGACUGGCAUGGGGAUAGCACGAGCCAGCCAGAAUUCUCAUUUCUUCCUCGUCUUACGGCUCCUGUCUCUUGUCUCCUCACAUAUUCCUUCUCUCUAGAUGUAGUGACCAUAACAAUUAACCCUGAUUGGUGUGGGGUGAUACCUCAUUGUAGUUUUGAUUUGCAUUUCUCUAAUAAUGAGUGAUGUUGAGCAUCUUUUCAUGUGUUUAUUGGCCAUCUCUAUCUCUUCUUCCUGGGAAGACUGAAGGCAAAAGGAGAAGGGCGUGGCAAAGGAUGAGAUGGUUAGAUAGCAUCACUGACUCGAUGGACGUGAAUUUGAGCAAGGAGAUAGUGGAGGACAGAGAAGACUGGUGUGCUGUAAUCCAUGGGAUUGUGAAGAGUCAGACACGACUUAGCAACUGAACAACAACAACAUAUCUUCUUUGGAGAAAUGUCUGUUUGGGUCUUCUGCCCAUUUUUUGAUUGGGUUGUUUUUUGAGCUGUUGAGCUGUGUGAGUUGCUUAUAGAUUUUGGAGAUUCAUCCUUUGUCAGUUUCUUUGCAAUAAUUUUCUCCCAUUCUAUUGGAAGGGGAGCAAAAGUGGUUUAAAUACCCCCUCCCUCCCUCCACGCCCCCACCAACAAGGUCCAGAGGUUAUGUCUCGGUUGAUAUCGUUCUGCCAGUCAUGGUCAUUUUUAUCAUGUUUACUUCGGAUGUGCUUAUGUGUAUGCCAUCCUCAGCUUAGAGGAAAACUCAAGUCAGGAACGACUGAGGCAGGCAGCCUCAGCCCCCUUCAUCUCAUCUCCACUCUGCUUUCUCAGCAUCUUCUCCUCACGGGCAUCUUCCCUUCUGCUCUUUUAUUCAGGGAUAUUUCUGCUUUGCUUGCACGAGAGCCAAGCUGUUUCUGGACUUUGAUUCUGGCUCCUUGAGCCCAGCAUGCAGCCAUUCUGCCGUGUACCCUCCUCUUCCUUGUAGAGCCCUUGAAGCAGAGUAUUUUGAGAAAAUGUCUCUGUAAAUACUAUAGCUUUUAUAAGUGGUGAAAUUCUUUAGAGUUAUCUCUAGCGCUUACUUCUUCCUUCUUCUGUAUGAAUACGUUACUUUAUCAGGUUCUCUUUUAAACGUCUAAACCAUUGUUCAUACAGCAGGGAAUCCCACAUGAGCCGGAGGAGAACCACUUUUGUUCUGGAAUAAUUUUGAAAAGUCGUCCCUGAGUACACUCAGGUUCUCUCUUGACUUAAACCUGUGUCUUUUUAGCUUGUGUUAAUAGAUUCCUCGACUUUAGAGAUUAUAGAAAAUUGGGAUGCCAGUUUUAAAGGGAUAUGUCUGAAUUGCCACUGAAAGGCAUUGUGACCUAACAGAAGGUUGGUAGCCAGAGCUCUAAGAACCAUGUUGCUCAGCCUGUAGACUGGUCUUAACCAGGUGUCUGCCCUCCCAUCCCUUCUGCCUUAAGUCCUUGAGAGCAAAUUUGAUUCUAGCUCUUUGAAAGGCAUGUGUGGGUCUCGGUUAUUGUAGACUUAGGGGAACAGUUAGAAGACUACUCAGAAGCAUGGGAUUGAUUCCAGAUUCACUUCUAGGGUUUGAAUCUGCCUGGCUAGAAGGGCGUAGGAUCGAGUUUGGUCUAGUAGAGAAUUCUAAGGACUAAUUCACAGUCAACUGAAUACCUAAAGCUUGAGUGGCCAUCCUGUGGCCCGGGGCUGGCCACCUGCUGCCCUGCCACAUAGAGGCUUCCUGGGAAGCCACCCACUUUGGGCAAGAGUCAAAUGCAGAGUUGUUUACUGAGGAUCUGGUUUGAGAGGGACUGCUGAGGGCAGGAGACUAUAUUUAUGCUGGGCGUGUCCCAGAAAUACAUCAGUAGCAGUCAGGGGGAAAAAAAGUCCCUAAAUUCCUUGUGGUGUGUUUGCAAACCAACUUAACAGAGACUGUUUUGACCCUGAUCAGUUUGAAUCUCUCUCUGGCUAAACCAGCAGGACACAGGUUUCCUCUUUCUCUUGCAGCCAGUACAGUGGGGUGUACAUGGUGGAUGAAAAUCGAGGAAGCUUCAUCUGACCAGUGUGGGUGCUGGGCUGUUGUCAAACAUGUCCCUGAACCUCCUUCUCUUCUCAGGCAACCCCCUGACCAGACGUCUAAGACAGGAAGGGCUCCUCUCCUCCCCUGCGCUCCUCUCGGGGUGCCAGCAGAGCCCAUCAACCACUGCUUAGAAAGGGUACUGACUUCUGAGAACACAAGGCUGUUCCUUCUCCCAGCAUCUCCUUUUUCCGUCCCUUAUGAACCCUCCACCCUAGAUAACAUCCUCCCCACCAUCCCCUUCCCAGAGAGUCUCUCCCACUUUUCCUCCUGUGGUCUGGUGGUUUCUCCCCAACCUCCCCCGCCCCUUCGAAUGUGAAUGGCCAUCCUUAGUACCCGUGUUUAAGGAGAGCCAGCUGGUACGUUGUCAGGAAGCACUAUUUAAAAUGUGAAUUGUCACAGAACAAAUAAACACUGUGUAUAGGA